AAAUGUGAACGGCACAUUUUUUAUGAAAUAUUGUAUUAUAUAAAAAAAUUAGAUUUUACAUUUUAUUAGUGAUAGUUAUAAAAAAAAUAUGCCUCCAUUUCCAUUAUGCUCCACAAAAUGUGGAAGAAAUGCCAUUUUAAAGAGACCAAAAACUGGUGAUACAUUAUGUAAGGAAUGUUUUUUCUUGGCAUUUGAGACUGAGAUUCAUGAUACUAUUAUCAAUGGUAAAUUAUUUAAACCUGGUGAUAAGGUUGCUAUUGGAGCAUCAGGUGGAAAAGAUUCUACUGUAUUGGCAUAUGCUUUGAAGACUUUGAAUGAAAGAUACAAAUAUGGAUUGGAUUUAAUUCUUUUAUCUAUUGAUGAAGGAAUCACUGGAUACAGAGAUGAUAGCUUGAAAACUGUAAUGCAGAAUAGAGAUGAUUAUGGUAUUCCUCUUACAAUCUUAUCAUACAAGGAAUUAUAUGGAUGGACAAUGGAUUCUAUAGUCACAGAAAUUGGUCGUAAAAAUAACUGCACAUUUUGCGGCGUUUUUCGAAGACAGGCAUUGGACAGAGGGGCCGCAAUUUUGAACGUAGAUUGCAUUGCAACUGGUCAUAAUGCAGAUGAUAUUGCUGAAACGGUACUAAUGAAUAUCUUGAGAGGUGAUAUUGCCCGUCUACAGAGAUGUACAUCUGUUAUUACUGCUGGUGCAGAUUCUAUCAUGCGUUGUAAGCCACUGAAAUAUGCAUAUGAAAAAGAAAUUGUUAUGUAUGCAUAUUUUAAAAACCUAAUAUAUUUUUCCACGGAAUGCAUAUAUGCUCCAAAUGCUUAUAGAGGUCACGCACGAGCUUUUUUAAAAGAUUUAGAGAAAAUAAGACCUUUGUCUAUCAUAGACAUAAUACAUUCAGGUGAGCAAUUACAAGUAAAAGAUGAUGUGAAAAUGCCAGAGAGAAGAAAUUGUACUCGAUGUGGAUUUGUUUCAAGUCAAGAAAUUUGUAAAGCAUGUGUUCUUUUGGAAGGUUUGAAUAGAGGAUUGCCAAAACUCGGUAUUGGCAAAUCUAACAAAGUCAAAAAAAUAAUGAAUUUGCAUAUAGAUAAAAACAAACAGCAAAAUAUAGAUUUUUAAGAUUUUUAUAUAUAUCCAAAUAUGUACACGAGGGACAUGUACACGAACAUUCUUAUAAAGAUAUGUUCCACAUAUACAUUUUUUCAGUUGUUUAAAUUAUAGAAAAAACAUUGUACUACUACAUUUAAAAAUACAAUAAAUUUUUAAACAAAAAA